AUGAUUAGGUUUCCUUUAAAAAAUCCCAAUCUAUUGCAACAUUGGUCAUCACUUUUUACUUAUAGACAACCUCCUGGGGGAACUUAUAUUUUAAAAUUGAAUAGUGACGCUAUCCCUAAGGUUUGUUUACCAUCAUCACCCCAUCCACCUGUUAAAUUCCAAAAAAAACCCAAAAAUAAUGAUAAGUCUGUAAAAAUCCAAAAUAGUGAUGAAACAUUAGAAAUUCAAAAUAAUGUUGAACCUUUAGAAAUUAAAAAUAGUGAUGAAACCUUAGAAAUCCAAAAUAGUGAUGAACCUUUAGAAAUCCAAAAUAGUGAUGAUGAGAUAACUAAAGGAAUAACUCCUAUAAUUUUGAUCAUUCCAACUAAAUAUCAAAGUAGCUCUCCAAUCAAGAUUACUCCUACAAGGAAAAGAAAAUCUAUUGAAAUUACUACUCCGAUAAGAAAAAUGAAGUCUCAAAUUAAAGUAUUGCAACAAAAAGUCCAAAGACAAAAUGUAAAAAUCAAAAACAUGUCUGAAUUAUUUAAAGAAAUGAAGAAGAAGGUACUUCUUGACUCAGAAAUGGAAUGUACGAUCACAAACAAAUUUGAUGGUAUAUUUUUGGAGCUGUUUAAAAACCAGUUAAAAAAUAAAAAAUGCAAAGUAGAAGGUCAGCGAUACAGUGAUGAAAUCCAAAAAUUUGCAAUGACCUUAAAUUAUUAUUCCCCUAAAGCUUUUAAUUGUUGUUGGUCAGUGCUGCGUAUGUUGUUAUUUUGUUGGCGUGGCUUUUUUUAUGCUUACAACUUAUUUAGUUCAUGCUGCUAUGGUCAACACAUGUAUUUAGUUUUUAAUAUUUUUUUCAGAUCUAUACUAAAACUCCCAAACUCUACGGCCAUACGCAAUUGGACAUCUUGUAUAAACAUGGAACCAGGGUUUUUUAAAGAAGUUUUCAAUUCACUUUCAAAUUUAAUCUGCGAAGAUAAGCAUUGAAAUUUAAUAUUAGAUACUAUUGCAUAAGGAAGCAAUUAAUAUGGGAUAAAGUAAGUCACAAAUAUGUUGGGUAUUGUGACUAUGGACAUGAAGUUGAAGUUGAAGGGAAUAACACACCUGCCACUGAAGCCCUUGUAUUCAUGUUAGUAAGCCUUAAUGGCAAAUGGAAAAUACCAAUAGGUAUUUUUUCCAAAAUAAAUAAUUGUCUGCUGUAACCCAAGCUGAGUUAAUCCGAUCUGCGUUAUCUCUUCACACAAUUCUGGACUUAGAGUUUGGAGGGUAAUAUGUGAUGGUAGCUAUACAAAUAUUUUGUCUCUAAAAAUUUUAGGCUGUGUUAUUGGAGAUAAUUAUCAUACCAAUCAAUGUUGGUUUAAGCAUCCGAUAAAUUCAAUGAAAGUUUAUUACAUUCCAGAUGCUUGCCACAUGCUUAAACUUGCUAGAAAUGUACUAGACAACAAUAAUGUGUUAGAAUCAAAUUCUGAUUUAGUUAAAUGGUUCUGUAUUGAAAAAUUAUUUAAGGUACAAAACAAUUUAACACUGAAGCUAGCUAAUAAAUUAAGCAAAACUAAUGUACAUUGGAAAAAUAAUGCUAUGAUAGUUAAAUAUGCAGCACAAACUCUAAGUUCUUCUACAUCUGAUGCUCUUGAUUUUUUAAGAUCUAUAAAUUAUAAAAAUUUCAGCAGUUCCAAAGCUAUAAGUGAGUAGUGUAGGAUUGUAGACAGAUUGUUUGAUUUUUUAAAUUCUAGAAAUCCUUUUCUAAAUGAUUUAAAUCUGCUAUUUUUGAAAAAA